GUGUCCUCGAAAGGGCAGGUCGCCACCAUGAUUGUUUUAAAGUGAUAUGAUAAGUAUGAUGAAUAAAUAUUUGCACAUGAUAAACGUGAUCAUAUUGCGCAGUGGAGUCACGUGUUAACUUCAGUCGGUGAUCCUGACCCUGGUGGUGUUUUGUGGUAUCGCCACCAGCUCGUGGACCAAUCAGCUCGCCAUCGCUCGAUGUCGCCUUGGCUCGAUUCAUCGGGUCUGGUUGGAGGACUCGUGCAGGAAGUAGAAGCGAGCUGUUGUUGCUGUGUUUAUCUGUCUGCGGUCCCUCACCAAUCUGGGCCAGUUGCCGCCGACGAGAAGAGACGCAUUUCUAACAAUGGCGCGGUUGUUUCUGCCAAACGGCCUCCGCGGUCCCCUGUUGUCAGCGCGGGACUCCGCUCUGUCGACGCCGAGAGCCGCGGCGCGGGUGAAGCAGCAGCAGCAGCGGAGCGUUUUCACGCAGCGACACAGACACAGACAUGCGGAGGGGUCCAAGUCCAGGCUGUGGGUGUGCGGGGUCGGCGCGGGGGUCGCUCUGGCUGUGGGGCUGAAAUACAGUGCUUGCGAUGACAAAGCCGCAGGAGCAGAGGCGACCGGUCGAUACAGCGCGGCGGUCCUGGUCAGCAGGGAUCUGGUGGAGAGGAUACAGGUAGGCACAGAGGUAGGCCCGUCAGCUGCUGGGUCAGGUGUCCCGUUGACCAACUCCCCCUUUGCUCUCACCCCCCCCCCUGCCGCAAUCCUGUGGGUUCCGCAUAUGUUCUGUGUCGUCUCUGUCUGUUGUCAGGCUGAGGUCGGGGCUCCUGGGCUGGUGGUUGGGGUCUCUGUGGACGGUGCUCAGGUCUGGUGUGAGGGGAUUGGUUUUGCUGAUUUGGAGAACCGUGUGCCAUGCAGUGCGGACACAGUGAUGCGAAUCGCCAGCAUCAGUAAGCCCCUCACAUCUGCAGCUGCUGCACGACUGUGUGAGGAAGGGAAACUAGAUCUUGAAGUCCCGGUCCAAAACUAUGUCCCAGACUUUCCCCAGAAACAGUUUGAUGGAGAGGAUGUCACAAUAACCCCUCGUAUGAUCCUGUCCCACCUGAGCGGUAUACGACAUUAUGAGAAGGAUGCAAAAAAGGUGAAAGAGGACAGGGAGAAAGCUCUGCGACUUCUAAAGCCACCAGUUAAAGAGAAGGAGGAUGAAAGGAGCUCAUCUGAAAACAGAGAUAAAGCCACAAAAGAGCAGAACACUAAAAACAAAGAAGCCACUCUGGCCCAGAAGAAAAAAGAGUUUGAGCACGAGGAGUACUACUUGAAGGACAACUUUGAAAGCGUCACUCACGCCUUGGACCUCUUCAAGGACGACCCGCUCAUUUUCAAACCUGGCACCACUUUUUUGUACUCCACCCAUGCCUUCACCCUGCUUAGUGCCGUUGUGGAGCGAGCUGCUGGACAGCACUUCCUGGACGUCAUGAUGAACCUUUUUCGAGAGCUGGGAAUGCUCCACACCGUGCCUGAUGAGAAUGACCCAAUUAUUUACCACCGCUCCAGGUAUUAUCAUCUCAACAAGAGGGGACGUGUUGUCAACUGCCCGUAUGUAGACAACUCUUACAAGUGGGCAGGAGGCGGCUUCCUUUCCACUGUGGGGGACCUGCUGCUGUUCGGCAACGCUCUACUCUACAGCUACCAGGUGGCCCACCUAACGGACACCGAGGGCUUGCUGCCAGGCUUCCUUAAACCCCAAACGGCCAUUGAUCUGUGGGCACCAGUUGACAGGACAGAGGCCAGCUGGGAUAAGGAUGGCAUGUAUGCCCAGGGCUGGCUGGUAGUGGAGAAACUGCAGAAAUAUGGCGAGUGCAGGAAGCGCAGACAUUACGUGUCGCACACAGGUGGUGCUGUGGGGGCUAGCAGUGUCCUCCUGGUGUUACCCAGCGCGGAGACAGAGCAACGCCAAGGACAGAGCUCUCUCCCCCCACAGGGAGUGGUGGUCACCAUCAUCACUAACAUGCAGUCCGUGGGACUCAACAGCACAGCACUGAAAAUUGCACAUGAGUUUGACAAAGCCCGACGCCUGUAAGAAACACAUUUUUUUCAGAGAGAAGGAAAUAAUCUCUCACCACCAAGGAAAGAACGCCAUAACCAGGAGUGUCAGAUGCUAAUAAUGAAAACAAACCGACAUAUAUGAACAACCUCUUAAAUCUGAAGGAGAAAAAAAAGACUUCUGAGAGGAAUAUCGCCGCCCUGUCCUAAAUAAAUGGAAAAUCUGUCCUUACCAGCGCUUGGAAUCCCUGCUUUCGGUCGUCAGUGAAGGUGAGUCAUAAUGA